AUGGCCUCCACGACAGCCGAAAAGAUUCUGGACGAAGUCCUCAAGUCCAGCAACUUGAAUAAUGCAUACUACCAGGCGUUUCAACCUAACUAUAAGGUCGCAGAUCAUCUCCUUGGUGACAAGAGUAAACGCAAGAUACGAGUCGUCAACGUCGGCAGCGGCCUAGCCAGCAUCAACCUGGCCUACUUCCUUUCAACGACCUGUGAAAACUUCGAGCUCACCUUGCUGGAGAGGGCGCCCCAACUCGGCGGAGUGUGGAACCAUAAUUGCUACCCCGGAGUUGCCUGCGACGUGCCGUCGCACAUUUACCAGUUCAGCUGGGCGCCAAACCCCGACUGGUCACACUUCUUGAGCCCUGGCUCCGAGAUUUGCGCGUAUCUGAACAAAGUCGUCGACACCAUGGACCUCCGGAAGUACAUCCAAUUCAACACCGAGCUGCUCAGCGCCACGUGGGACGAGCGCGGAUUCUGGAAGCUACGCGUGAGGCGAACCGAGCCCGGCAGAGAGGCCAUCGAGGAAGACUUGGAGGCGGAGAUAUUCGUCAACAACAGUGGAACCCAGGACAAGCCACUUUUCCCGGAGAUACCCGGUCUGGAGGCGUUCCACGGGAAGCUCCUCCACACUGCGCGCUGGGAUGCCAGCUUUGGUGAAGAACAAUGGAAGAACAAGACUGUCGCUGUUAUUGGAACCGGCGCUUCAGCCGUGCAAGUCGCUGCGAAAAUGCAGCCGCACGUUGACAAGCUGAUAGUCUACGGACGUACUCCCGUUUGGUUCAGCCCAGGGUUAGCCAGCGAAGGCAACUUCGCAUAUUCUGAGGCGCAGAAACAUGAGUUCCGGUCGAGUCCGCAGGCUUUGGUCAAUUAUGCGAAGAAAAUAGAGCGACAGCUCAACUUUCUGUUUCCUGCCAUAGCGAAGAGUGGCUCUGUGGAGCAGAAGGAGACGAUAAAAGCCCUAUACAAACAUAUGGAAAACCGGAUUCAUGACCGAACCAUGCUGAAAAAUUUCACUCCACGCUUUCCUCCAGGCUGCCGGAGGAUUACUCCCGGCGAUGCGUUUCUUGAAGCGAUACAGAAGCCAAAUGCAGAAUUAAUACCCAAGGGCGUCACUGCUAUUACGGAAGACGGUCUUAUCGAUGAUGACGGGCAUGAACGGAAGGUAGACGUCAUUGUGUGCGCUACAGGAUUUCUCGUCGAUUUCAUCCCUACGUUCGACGUCGUUGGCAAAAACGGCGCCCGGAUGGCUGAGGCCUUCGCAGAGAAGCGGGACGCAUACAUGGGCAUCGCCGUGCCUGAGUUCCCCAACUACUUCUACGGGACCGGACCCUACUGGACGACGGCCAAUGGGUCUUUGAUUAGCUCCCUCAACGCUGCGUCUCAGUACAUCUGCCAGGUCGUCAAUAAACUGCAGACGGAGUACAACAUUGUCUCCGUGUGUCCAAGCCGCAAGGCAACCGAUGAUUUUGUUGAGCACGCUCAAACGUGGAUGAAAGGUGCCGUAUGGUCUGGCAAUUGCCCUUCAUGGUACAAAAUCCAGAAGGGAAGAUACGCCGGCCGUUGCGAUGCCGUGUGGCCGGGGAUCACUUUGCAUUUUGUCCGGGCACUGGCAGCACCGCGUUGGGAGGACUACGAUAUUCAAUAUGACAGUCGGGAAGAUGGAAGCCCCGGAAAUCGCUUUGCGUAUUUGGGCAGAGGUUUCGUUCCUGAGUCCGUUGAUCCAUCCGCUGACGACUCCCCACAUCUCAACGUUCGGCAUAUAGAUGAGAGAUGGACCAAGGCUGCCAGUCUAGGGACUAAGUAG